AUGGUUCCAAAACAAAAGACAGGUUAUAAUCCAUUGUUUACAAAAGAAAUGGCAGCAACGAUCAGGAAGACAGCUAAAGAUUGUGACACAUCAUGUCGUACCGUCAAAAGUACUCUUUUAUCAUUAUAUCCAAAUGAACAAGAAAUUAUUGAAAAAGUUUGGAGAAAAGGUAAAAGAAGAAUUUUUAGUUAUGCCUUAAGAAAAAUGGAAUAUGAAGGUGAUAAUGUUAGUAAAGAAUUACUCCAAGUUUUGGUGAAUGCUCGAUCUUUUAUGAAAAAUAUAAGUGAUUUAAAAUAUUACAAUUUAUUAGAAAUAAAAGUAGCAAAAUUAAAUCUAUCAAAAACAUCUUUAAUGAAAGGACCACAUAAAACUUUGGAAAAUAAUAAAGGCAUUUGGCGUCCAUUUGACGUAUAA